UGCCAUACAACGGGGUGGACGACACCUCCAAAGGCCAGCCCUUCUUUCUUAGAAGUUCCGAAGACUUUCGAGAAUCUUUGAAGAGUGUCCACAGAGCGGACUUUGGAUUGAGUGGAGAAGGACAUUCGUGGGCCAUCCAGACUGUAGUACAAAAACAGAUCAACAUCUAGAAUGGCCACUGCAAGCACCUCUGGACAAAGCCACUUUGGGCUGGGCAGGAAGAAGGCAGCCCCUGGUCUCUUGGAUCAGAUUGGCAGGUUCUUUGGUGGAGACAAAAAGAGAAAGGGAAAGGGUUCAUUUCGUGGUCACCUGUCCUCCUCUCCAAAGAGACCCCAUCACUCUUCCACCCGUCGUCGUGGAGAUGUCAACCCUGUGGUGCAUUUCUUCAGGAGCUUCGUUUCCUCUCCUCGUCCCAAGUCUAGGUGGAGAGAACUAUUGGGCCUGGCUUCCUCGUCACCGCGUCGCUCUGAGAGCAUUAGAUCCCCCCACAGACGCAGAAGGGAACAGAAUACACUCUCCAGAAUCUUCAACUUGGGAGAAAGUCGAUCUCGCUCUCCACCCAAACGAUGGAGCACCAUCUUCUGAGCCCUUCUCUGGCCAGGAAAACACCAAGAUGGAAAAGAGUGAAACAGAUGAAGAGCACAAAUGCAAGAGGGAGGAUCUCUAUUUAACAGACUAACAUUGCCCAUUUUCGCUUCCUAGAUAGAGAUACAAUCCAAGUAUCUGUUAUUACAUGCCUGCAGGGUUUCAUAAGCAUGUGUUGACUGUAUAUGUGUAAACUGCUGCAAUAUUGUUCAAUGGUCAGGUGAUGCAAUAGAAAGUCUAGCUGUUUUUUCUCCCUUCUAAAUUAAGUAGAAGUGACCAAUUUGAAUAUGUUCUAAGAGCAUAUCUAAAGAGAGAAAUCCUAAGCAAUGCAGAUUAACCACUGGUUUCAAUGAUUUUAGUCUUAUUUGACAGAACUAGGUACAUUUCUCUUUGACAGUGUUACAAUAAAACAGACUUUCCACAAAUGCUUGAACCUUUAAACAUAAAAGUGAGUUUAAAGCAGGAGAUAAUUGCAGUGAAACCCCAUUCUGUAAUUCUGAAAUGUAGCUUUUUGGCCUUCUUGUCUCAGAUGUAGAUAGUGUCUUUAUUACACAAUGAGUUGCUUGUGUGAUAUUCAGCUUUUGAUGUGUGACAUUAGUCAUUGUGCUAUGGUGAAAACGUUUUUUCAUGGUUUUGUUAAGAUCAAUGUUCAGCCUCAGUUAUGUGCUGUGUAUUUGUCGAUGUUUGUAUUUAUCGUUGUCCUUGUGCUGUGUUAUAUAUUUGUUAUUUCCUUUGAAUCAAGAACCCUGUAUAUACAAUUCUUUGUGUUUUGAGCAACAUAAUAAUUAUGACCUGUUAACAUUCCGUAUACAUUUAACUAAUAUUACAUUUGAAUUAUUUGAGAAAUUAUUUAUCUUUUAAAUAGGAACACACCUUAAAACCAUUAAACAAUGCCUAAAAACUAUAUUUUGUGGACAAGAAAAUAGAUUUUAAGCACUUAUCAAGCUUAUAUUUUACAUCCUCAGUUGUUGCACUACAUUACAAAUUAUGAGAUAAAACAGCUCGUAAAUAUUGUCUGUGUCAUUAGAAAUGCAUUUUUUUUAUGUUAUUUUGGAAAGAUCUUGUGCAACUACCCAUUAUAUUAUUACCCAAUUACUCAUUAUAUUUUUUAUUAUAUUUAAAUAACAGACAUGCAUAAAUCUAGGACAAAGAGUCACUGAGAGAAAAAAUGGUAUAAAACCGAAGAAAAAGUAGGGGAAACUGAAAGUGCAAGAGGGAAAAUGUGAGAAAAGAGAAACAAGGAAAGAAUUUUGAAAGAGUGAGGUGAAGUUUAUUCAGCUGAUUUUUAUGGUAUGUUAUUCUGUGGUGUUUCUCACCUGUGUUAAUAAUGUUCAUUGUUUCAUGUCUCAUUGACUAUUCCUGUAUGCACUGUUCAAGAAAUAGUGCUGAAUAAACAUUAGGUCAAAUAUUCUAUCUGUCAGCGCUGGAUUUGUCUCAAAUAUGGUGCUACACUUUAUAUUAGGCAUGGGAUAUUCUGAAGUGGCCAGGUGGUCUGAUGUAAUAUCUUUAACUCUUCCUUGAUUAAAGUAACGUUGAAUAAAGGUUCAGACAUGUAUGAUGUUUGUGUCUAAUUGUGUGUCCGUUCAUACUCUCAGGUUCUCAAAAUGUCGUUUACUCUAUUUCUUUGUUUCAUUAAGUUUUUAAUAAGUAUUUAAAGGAAAGUGUUUAUUUUAGAUGAUGUAACUGGUCACUAUUCUUGUCAAAUUUACCACCAAUUUGUUUUAAU